AUGGGAUUUUGGCAUUCGAGAAAUCAUAAAACUCGCUCAAAAGACCCCGAAGACUCACCCAGCAAAACAACUCAUCAUGGCAGUCUUUUCAGAAGCCAUUCUCUUAAAAAAUUGAGUCGCCGAUGGAGCUCAAACACUAUAUCAAGCAAUAAUAAUAACAAUAGCAAUAGUAACGGCGAUUAUCAAAAUGAUAAUACAAAUAUCUCCGGAUAUCAAAAUUUAUCAAAAGUUCCGGACCAACAAAAAAUCAAUCAUAACGGCACGUCUGCAAAUGCAACAACAACAACAACAACAACCUUUGAUAACAAUCAAAGCCUCGGAGGUACUGCAAACAACAAGGAUACCCACCAUAACCAUCGCCCACCAUCCCCAGAAGGCAGCUCAAGCAAUCAAAAUAACAGUGGCGGCGGCGGCGGCAGCAACCCGCCUUUAAGCCAUCACCCCACCCGCAUUUUGUCUUUAAAAAGACAUUUUUCUCUCAAUCACAAUAACAAUAAUGAUAACAAUAAUAACCACCACCACCACCAUUACAACAUUUUCUCCCAAAACAGUGGUAUACAUCGACACUCGUCGGUAAAAAGUACCUCGGACGGAUCUCCCUCGCCAACUACAAAGUCCCAUUCUUCGGGUUCUCCUCUCAAUGUUGCAUCCGGUUCCAGGUCAUCAGAUGACCUUGACUAUCAAGAAACUCCAGAACCUUUACUUUCCGGUGAUGCCCUAAUCCAUCAAAGGGCCCGAGGAAUGAGUAUAGCCCCUCCUGAAACUCUCCCAGGCUUAACCAUUCCUAAAGUUUCAACAACCCGUCCAAGCUCCAUUUUAAAUGAAAGUAUAUCACCCACUCCUCAAGAUGACUCGUCAGAAUUUGAGCGUUUCCUAAAUGAUGAAGAAGAAAAGCGCCUCGAAAAGAAAAAAACUAGAGAAUUACACCAACAUGAACUCGAAGAAGAAUAUAAACUAGACCCAAAAACUACCGCUUAUCAUCCCCUAAGUGCAGACCAUUUACCUAAAAUCACUGCUCACCCCUCUAUCGACAAAAAGCGUCACGGUCUGUUUUCAACACAUGCCCUCUCAAAUGACUCGUCAUCCCACUUUAGCCUCUCCUCUACAAACUCGUCCAGCCUUGGUACCAAGUUACGCGGCCUCCGAGGGUCCAAGGACUUGGCCGCAUCAAGCGAGAGUCCCCUUCGUACUAUGCACCAACAACUAUUCUCAAAAUCAAAUGUAAAUAAUAACACUACCACCACCACCACUGCUAUAACAAGAAGUGGUAGCUUGGGAGCUACAUCACAUCAUCGUAGCCGUAGCUUUGGUCAUAACAAUCAAUCGAAUCAAAGCCUACAGAGCGGCUCAAAUACUCGUUCUGGAACUCUCGAAGAUUCCAAACCUCUUAGACCGUUUAGUUUUAUGGACAAAUCUCAUGCGAGACACAAAAGUAUGGAAUUGCAAAAACGUACUUGGUCUAAAGAUGGCACAAGUCCACCUCCGUUCACACCUGCAACUGCAACUGCAACUUCAGCAGCUACAGACUCGGCACAUAACGAAGGUGCCAUUAUAUCUUCCGACGAGUUUUCAGAUAGCCCUGUAGGAUUUUCAGACGAAGACGAUGAUGAAGAUAUUGAUGACGAAGAAGAGGACGAUGAAGAUAUCGAUGAUGAAGAAGAGGACGAUAAAGAUAUCUAUAACGAAGAAGGUGGUGAAAACCCUGGCAAAGACUGGAAAGCUAAACUCGCAGCCAGACAUGCCCGCAGGCGUGCAAGGAUACGCCGACACAAAAUGAUGCUCUUAGGACUUUUGGAUGGCAGUGGGACUCCUCCAGUAGCACCAGACUCUAGCUCAGGAGUAGUAUCAUUGUCUGACGACAAGAGCAAUGGGUUUUGCGAUAAUAGCAAGCAGCUGAUGCGCCGAGUCAAAGAUAAAGUCGUGGAUCCAAGCGAGAUGUUGUUGAUUGCACCAGGUCGCCAGCUGGUUAAUCUACACAAUCACAUUGUACAAGCAGCCGUCCAAGUUCCAACAUUGUUGAAAGAUUAUGGAACAGGCUCAAAAUCACUUGGCGAAACGUCAUCAGGGCCAUCCAUGGAAAAAAAAUCUAGCAAAAACAAGGAAUCUACAGUGAAUGAGGUCCCCACCAUUAACAAUAAAAAUGCAUUUUUGAUUACCGAUGAAGAAGUGGCUAUCCCGGACUUGUCACCGGAGAUUUCAGAUAAACUGGACGAUGAUAGUGUGGAUGAUAUGAGCGACAUAUACAGUGAUGCCGAGGAUGGAAUCAGUUCUUCUAUGGUAGAUUCGAAGGAUGAUACUGGUAAAUCAUCUGAUUUACUUGAGACACCCGCGUCACCAGAAUACAUUUACAAAAACAAUAAGGAAAAUACAACAACAACAAUAAAUGAUGAUAAUGAAAAUGGUGAUGGCACUGGGCUGGCCCCGAAGGAUGCGUCGCCUGGAAUCUUAAGAUCAUGGCUCACCAUGUUUUCAGGAUCUCCUACUCAACAACAAGAAACAUUGUCUGGUGGUUAUGAAAACCUUGAAGAGUUAUCAAAACAACAGUCGAUCGGGAAGGAUACUAAGCAACAGCAGGAGCAAGAAGUUACUAUAGAUUCCACUUUAGAUUCGGCCUUUGGUUUUUGA